GACGUAGCCUGGGGCUGAACCUUCCAGGUGAGCGGGUCGGUGGCGGUCGUCGUCCCCCGCAGGAUGAUCACGGACGUGCAGCUGGCCAUCUUCGCCAACAUGCUGGGCGUGUCGCUCUUCCUGCUGGUCGUCCUCUAUCACUACGUGGCCGUCAACAACCCCAAGAAGCAGGAGUGAGGCCGGUGACCCCGCCCGGCCCAGGCUGACGCGUGCCCCACGGACGCGGGGCUUCCUCCGGGUGGGCCGAGGGUGCCAGGCCUGAGCCCAGGAUAGCCCCCCGAGGGACAUGGAGGCGACCGACACCGCGGGACCGGCGAGCCACGGGCCGGGCAGACGGUGGCCCUCCCAGCUGGGGGCCCCGGGGCUUCCAUUAAACCAUUCCUUUCGUUUUUGA